ACCACACUGAGAAAAUACGUUUGACAGAGUUUGCGCACCAUUCUGACUGAUCUUCUUCUUCUUCUCUACUGCUUGCAAUUCUGCCCCAAUGGACGACGCCCGCAAAGGUGACGCUGCUCUCAGCGCAAGCAAACCCGACGAAGCCAUUGAGCAUUACACCAAGGCUCUUGGUGUCAAUCCGACGGCCGUCAAAUACUACAUCGGCCGCUCGACAGCCUAUCAGCGUACCUCCAAGUUCCCCGAAGCCCUUCACGAUGCCGACGUCGCAGUUGUCCUUGCCAAAAAGCGCGGCUCACGCGAGCUCAUCAAAGACGCCCAGUUUCGACGCGCCGUUGCACUCUACCACCUUGGCAAAUAUGCGGAUGCUGACUUUCUCCUGCGCAUAGUAAAAGGCCUUGACGAAAAGGACAAAAUGUUGCCAAUUUGGGAAGCCAAGGUCGCAUCCAAGUUGAAAGAUGUGCCGGAGAAUGAUGAGCAGAGGACAGUCACUAUUAAGGAGGACCCGGAGGUGGAAAUACCCAGUGCAACCACAGCCACCGCCCCGGCCAAAACCGCAGACUCGGCAACAACCCAGGCGCCGAAGCCUCCCGCGCCGACGCCCAAAGAAAAGAUCAAGACGGACUGGUACCAGUCCCACGAUAGCGUCACUCUGAACAUCAUGGCCAAGGGCGUGCCUAAAGACAAAGCCGUUGUAGAGAUUGAACAAGACGCUGUCUCCGUCUCUUUCCCCAUUGCCGAUUCGUCGUCCGAAUACAGCUACAACGCCGAUCCUCUCUUUGCAUCCAUCGAUCCCUCGCAAUCCAAAUACCGAAUAACGCCCACCAAGAUUGAGGUGACGCUCCGAAAGGCAGCACCAGGUGUGAAAUGGCAUAGCCUCGAGCGUGCACAGGGCGAAGCGGCCACUGUAACGUCACAAGCAUCUUCUUCUGGCGCCCCUGUAAAGGAAACCGCCCCCGCAUAUCCUACAUCGUCUAAAUCAGGCGCAAAGAACUGGGACAAGGUGGUGGUCAAUGAUCUCGAUGACAAGGACGAAAUUGAAGGGGACGAGACAUCGCACUUUUUCAAGCAGCUGUACAGCGGAGCUACGCCCGAGCAACAGCGUGCUAUGAUGAAGAGUUACUCGGAGAGCGGUGGCACAGUGCUGAGUACCGAUUGGAGCAAUGUCGGUAACAGGAAAGUGGUACCCGAGCCGCCAGAGGGUAUGGAGGCGAAGAAGUACUAGACCUGGUGGACGGACAGGCGCAAAGAACUUGUGAAGUUUUGUGGGACGGGUUGAGAUGACUGUAUUAUUUUAUGACGUAGCAUAGCGUGGGUGUUUACGAGUCAAUCAGGGAAUUGUUGUCAGAGUAUAGGUCUGCAUAGUUUUUUUAUUAAAGAAUAUUGUAUACCAUAAAUACUGGACAUGACGGGCAUGUCAAGGAUGUUU